GGGAGAGCAACGCAAAGAAAGCAACACCAAACAACUCCAUCCACCCCGACACCACCCACCCUUCCACGACGCAAACGUCCCCUCCGACCCAUCCCCAAUCACACAUUGCCAUCAGCAUCCAUUCGACACAAGACAUUGACGGUUCGCGACACCCAUUCACAGCACAGCGCAGCGCAACGCAACCAUGGCGGCAGCCGUCCCCAUCAGCGAAGUCAAGGGCAACACGCGCGAGAACCGGACCGCCGCGCACUCCCACAUCAAGGGACUCGGCGUCGACAAUGAGGGUCGCGCAAAGCCCGCGGAUAAGGGCUUCGUCGGCCAGGUCGCAGCUCGAGAGGCCUGCAGCUUAGUGGUAUCGCUCGUGCAAGCGAAGAAGAUGUCCGGCCGGGCCGUCCUGCUCGCGGGCGGGCCUGGGACCGGAAAGACGGCGCUCGCGCUCGCGGUGAGCCAGGAGCUGGGAUCGAAGGUGCCGUUCUGCCCGAUCGUCGGCAGCGAGAUAUACUCUGCGGAGGUGAAGAAGACGGAGGCGCUGAUGGAGAACUUCCGGCGGGCGAUCGGGCUGCGCGUCAAGGAGACCAAGGAGGUGUACGAGGGCGAGGUCAUGGAGCUGACGCCCGAGGAGGCGGAGAACCCGCUCGGCGGCUACGGCCGCACCAUCUCCCACCUGCUCAUCACGCUCAAGUCGGCAAAGGGCACCAAGAAGCUCAGGCUCGACCCUUCGAUAUACGAGGCCAUCCAGAAGGAGAGGGUCCGUCUAGGCGAUGUCAUCUACAUCGAGGCCAACACGGGCGCCGUCAAGCGCGUGGGAAGGUCCGACGCGUACGCCACAGAGUUCGAUCUCGAGGCCGAGGAGUACGUUCCCAUUCCGAAGGGUGAUGUGCACAAGAAGAAGGAGAUCGUGCAGGACGUCACGUUGCAUGACUUGGACGUUGCGAAUGCCAGGCCUCAAGGCGGCCAGGACAUCAUGAGCAUGAUGGGCCAGCUGAUGAAGCCUAAGAAGACGGAGAUCACGGAGAAGUUGAGGCUGGAGAUCAACAAGGUGGUCAACAAGUACAUCGACCAGGGCGUUGCAGAUCUCGUGCCUGGUGUUUUGUUCAUCGACGAGGUCCACAUGCUCGACCUUGAAGCGUUCACCUUCCUCAACCGUGCCUUGGAGUCUCCUCUCUCCCCGCUCGUCAUCCUGGCCUCGAAUCGCGGCCUCACCCACAUCCGUGGAGGCGAGAACCUUCCACCGUCGGCGCACGGCAUCCCCUCGGAUCUCCUCGCCCGUCUGCUCAUCAUCCCCACGCACCCCUACACUCCCCAGGAGAUCAACUCCAUCAUCAGCACCCGCGUUAAGACCGAGGGUCUCGCUGUGUCGCCGGAGGCAAUCGACAAGGUCAGCCAGCUGGGCGAGAAGGUCAGUCUCCGCUACGCACUGCAGCUGCUCGCGCCGGCCAGCGUGCUCGCCAAGGUCAACGGCAGGGAGAACGGCCAGGUCCAGAUCGACGACGUCAACGAGUGCGAGGGACUGUUCCUGGACGCCAGGAGGAGCGCGCAGAACCUGGCUACCACCAAGGGAUUCAUCGCAUAGAUUCAGAAAAGUGGGAUGGAGGAAACGUUCGAGAGUGUCUGUCUGUUCUGUACGAUAAAAACAGGCGUUUUUAUUUUCCAACUGAUGAAAUGCAAAGGGUUGGGGGCGUGUAGAACGUGUGUGUUUUUGUCUUUUCCUUAAUUUAUCUGGAGGAGUGACGUCCUCUGCUAUGGUGGUAUGGGUAUGGUAGAAAAUAAUGCGACAUCUUGAAGUAUUC